AUGGCAGAGUUUCCCACCAACGCUGCGCCUUUACCAGAUCUAUCAGACCUUUGGGGAGCCUCGUCCGGCAGUCACGAGCCAGUAGGGGCGCCGCACUCAGGUGGGGAAGCGGACGAGCCGAGACCGGCCCCUCUCGGAAGUCUGGACUCGAUAUUCGCGGGGAAGGGGUCAACGACCCGUGAUGGUCCAGAGGCGGUGGGUCUCCCCCAGGAAAAUCCUACACCGGUAGUUGCCCCACCAGAGGCUACCGUCGCGGUACCAGCUGAGCCCGUGCCGAACAAGCAUGAUGGUCUUGGAGCUCGAGAAUCAGUAGUGGCGACUCUGGUGCCGCCGUCCCAGGAUUAUGGUCCGAUGGUAGAAAAGAGACCACUAGUGGUGGUCCAACCACCGGUUGGGGAAGGUGAUACGGUGAACGAAGCACUGCCGGCAGAGGACCAUGGUCUGGUGGUUCGGCAAUCAGUAGUAACUGCCGAGGCGGGGCCGGCUGAGGACGGUGACCGAAGGGUGGUCGGGGCCACUGCGGGGAAGAAAGGUCCAGUGCCAGUGGCCGAAACCGUUGUGGCAGAGGAUGUAGGUCCGGUCACAAGGGGCAGAUCAGCAACAGUAGGCCACUCCGCGAUGCCCAAGAUCGACGCCACGGGCCCCCGGCAAGAGAAACCCUCAUACGGUGCGAAUGAAUCGCUCACCUCCCGUUCGCUGAUUGUAUCUUCUGGCCCAUUCGAGGCCGGAAGCAGUUGUACCAGUAUUUCCAAGUACGACCGUGUCCCAAGACUUCAUGGGGCCACACAUAGGACCAUAGGAGGUCCAGAGGAGGAGUCUUGGGGGGCCAUGGACAUUUCUAUGUGCAAUAUCGUCAAACACAAGGUGGUGGUCAGCUACGGUCAGCUCUGGUAG